AGGACGCUCUGAACUUUACGGGUUAUCUGGAAGAUUUUAGAUUUAAUAGACCUAAAAAUCAUCAGUUGAUGCUUAUUACAGUUGUCGUAGCGAUAAGACAGUACUUUAUCUUACAUUCAGUCAAAGUUAAAUUUCUGAGAUUUUGUAUGUUACCGGGACCUUAUCGGAGGAUAUCAACUGCUGAAAACAACAGGCAGCCACACCAACUAUGACACCAUUUGGAAUCACAUGGAGAACAUCAGGGUUCUGGUUCUGGUUUUUAGCAACCUUUCCAAGUGGACUGUCACAACAUGUUGCAGUAAAAGUGAAGGAUACUGCAGUUCUCUCUUGUAGUGGGACGUGUAAUAGAAUUCUCACAUGGACAUUUAAGACUGAAAAUGAAGAUCUGGAUGUUUUAAAAUGUGUGCAAGAGACAUGCACAGAAGGACACAGCUUUAAGGACAGAGUGAACCUCGUCCAUGCAAAGAACCAGCCUGGAAAGCUGUCUCUAAUGCUUAAUUCUGUUCUAUACAAUGAUGAAGGCUGGUAUGUGGUGAAGUGUGAUUCAGUAUUCCUCUGCCGAUUUCGCUUGGAAGCCUUUGUACCCACUACCAUAAACACCACAGUCAGAGGCAAUGCCAAGCUACCCUGCUAUGCACGUACAGAGAAACAGAUUUCUGAUGAAACAGUGAAUAUCCUGUGGAAAAAAGAUGACCAAGUGGUGUUUCAAGUUCUAAACGGAAACAAAAUAUAUGGACCAAGAUUUCCAGAUAGGGCUUCAGUUUCACUAAAUGAUUAUAAGGAUGGCGAUCUUUCCCUUACAAUACACAAUGCAACCAAAUCAGAUGCGGGACUGUACCAAUGCUAUCACAAACCUUCAGAAGAACAUGGGCAUCCUGGUGCUGUUACUCUUCAUGUUACAGCUCAUGAAAUAUUCUGGACAAAAAAGUUUGGUGAAAAUCUCCCUCUUCACCUGUUCGGCUCAGACGUGACGAUUUCUUUCAUUGGAUCUGAUGAGUCUGAAAAGCAGGUUUGCACUGUGAUGGGAAACAGCCCUACAUGUUCAUCUGACUACAUUAACAGAGUGUCUGUCAUAAAUGACACUCUGGUGCUGAGUGGAUUAACAUCCGCUGAUGAAGGAAUAUUUACGGUGAAAGACAAGAUGGAUGAAGUCAUUGCUGUCAAUACUGUCACGGUGGAGGAUGCAGACAAACGUUUCCGCGUAUCCCUGUUUGUAUAUGCUGUUUUCAUUCUCAGUUGCAUUGGUCUGGGGUUUCUGUAUAAAUUCUAUAGAACAUCUCCAGUGACAGAUGAUGAUAAUGUAGGAGACUCUACUGUGAAUAUGGAUGAUCUGAGACAGCCUGCAUACACCAGAGUGCCAGAGCAAGAGACCAGCCCACAAAUUUUAGAAUGUGAAGUUCGUCCUCACACACCUGUAGAGGAGACCAUGACUGAGCCUGAAAGGUGUACUAAGAAGCUGAACAACACUGAAGAAGAGGAAUCUAUUGGCCAAAUAGACACUGAAAUUAGCAAUCCCCUAAAUGAUCAGUCAUAGAGUGUCCUUACUAACUCUCCUGUGAAACAAUUUGUUACCUAAUGCAAGUAGUGUUCACUAAUUUUGGCCAAAAUAUUAUUACUUUGGCAAUAUGUUUACAGAUUCUUGACCUAUUAGGGUCUCUUGAGGGAUCAUGUUUGGUUUAGGUUGAGAAUACGUCUUUGCAUCAGGUGCUCUUGUAUUAUGGCCAUAUACAUAUUUGUAGUUUGUUCUAACAUUAGCUUUUCAUAGAGAAGGGAAUGUGUGGGUCGUGAUUAAAUGUUUUUGUUUCCAAUAUACAUUUCAAGAGUUCCCACUUAGAUAUGCUUUGCGUUAAUAGCAGGUUUGGCAUGCAGUCCUGGGGGAGAACCCCGAGCUCGGUGAUACUUGAGCCGAUAGUUCCCGUCCAGUCAAUUAGUUCAUAAGGGGAUCCGAGAUCAGUUAGGUCUCGAGAGCUCCCCCUUAGAAAAGGGAGGAAAAGGAGGAGAUGGGGUGGAGGGGGGAUUCUUCCAAAAACGAAGAGAGUAGUAGGGAAAAACAAUCCAUUUAUUGUAAGCUAGGAUCCUUCUGAUUGGAUGAUUACAGAUGAGCAGCCAGUCAUGCUCAAUCAUAUCACGUGCUCCUCUCGAAAAUAGUUGAUAAAACUUUACUUCUAGGAUUCAUUUCAAAUGAUUAUAGUGUUUGGUCAAAUGAAGUCAUUUUCUAGUUUCUAUAGAGCUUUUGCAAUGGACAUUAUGUCAAUGCAGAUCAAUGCAGCUUUACAUGGAUGGAAAAAAAGAGGGAUUUGCUCUUCAGUGUUUGGACUUUCAGCACUGAAAAUUAAACCACACUGAACUGAACUAAAUUGAACUUCAAUUCUGAAAACUGGGCUGACAAAGUUUCAAUUUACUAGGACUUCUAUGUUAAGCUGCUUUGACACAAUCUACAUUAUAAAAGCGCUAUAGAACUAGAGAUGGAUUGAAUUAAAUAUUGUGGAACAUUUCAACAUAUCAGACAGGAAGCAGAGUGGUGGAAAAUGCUGGUGUAGUUCUAGCUAGAUUAAAACAUCUGGCAACAUAAAUGAUUGACCCAUACUAGUUUCCCUGUAAUAUCCCUGUAAUUAAGAUAUUCAUUUAGACGCAUCAUAAAGAAGUGCUUGUUCAGUUUAAUUCUGAUACAUUCUGUUGUCACUAUUUUAGUUUUUCGGGAGAUGGAGAAUUUUUGCAGUUUGGGGCUUGUUGUUUGGGCUUGAGGUGUAGAUAGUGAUGUAUUUGUCAUAUUUCAAUUUCAAAUUGUUUGGUUGAUUUAUUUCAGUUUUAUGGGCGGCACGGUGGCUCGCUGGGUAGCACUGUCCCCUCACAGCAAAGAAGGUUGAUGAUUUGAGUCCUGGUUGGGUCAGUUGGCGUUUCUGUGUGGAGUUUGUAUGUUCUCCUUGUGUUCGUGUAGGUUCAGGUGCUCCAGUUUCCCCCACAGUCCAAAGACUUAAGUGAGUCAUGAUUAAUACCUCUUUUUGCUGAUUUUUGUUAUGUAAUUAGUUCAUAGUGUUUAGUUGUUUACAUUUCAUAGGAUUUCUGCACUUUUUCUUGUUAAGCUUUGAAGCACUGCUUUCCCCCUAUUAUUAAUAAGCUUUUCAUAAUUGCAGUGUUGCCAGGCCUACUUAUGUGCAUCAUAGAGAUUGUUUGAGCCAAAACCUCAAAGACCAGGUUGCAAUAUUUAUUUCAUUAGUUUUGUAGUGUUAUAUUUAUACUGUUUUUGUUAGAUCUGACAACCCAUUAUUUUAGACUUGUCCUUCAUGCCAUAUGAUUCUUUGCACCUUACAUACAUUCAUUUGUAAUAGAUAUUUACAUUUAUCAUUGGCAACUUUUUUUUUUUUAUUGUAUUUUGCUAUUAUUUUCUUGCAAUGUGCCAACUAACAAAUGACAUCCGCUGCAUAAAACAUGUGCUGGAUAGGUUGGCGGUUCAUUCCGCUGUGGCGAACCCGGAUUAAUAAAGGGACUAAGCCGACAAGAAAAUAAAUGUUAUUUCACUUUUGUAAACUGACCUCUUUAUCCACGGAAUGAAAUUAAGCUUUAAACUGUGAACUGACAAUCAAAUUUUGCUGCUAUGAAUAAAUGGCCACUAUUAGGGGAGUUACUGCCCGCAAUUUGUCACUAUUUUCUCCCCCAACAAUGAUGCCCCUGGAUAACAUUAGUUUUAAGGGUACUUAUGGAACAAUAUGCUAAUCUGAGCCAGUAAACAAUACAAUAUGUGAAACACAAAUGGAAUGCACUUAUUUACCUCCAGAGCUCAGGGAUGCACAAUUUAGUAUAAUUAUAUACCAUUUAUCGUUAUAUAUCCUUAGUUAGACCACUGAUAAAAUGCAUUGUAAGGCGGCCAAAUGUGUAACAGUAUUCAAUUCACAAAUCCUUACAGAAACCAAGCAAAUAGACAGAAUCACAAUAGUUUCGAUGUUUUACAGCAACUUCAAAUUGGCCCUAUUCAUGAUGUUUACAUGACAUUUGUUUAGAGUCAGACAUGUUGGGACUGCACAAUUGUUAUUCUCACCAACAUGAAGCCAUCUCUCAAAUGAUGUCAUAUUCUCCCAAGCUGGAACCCAUGUGCUUUACUGCUGAUUCUGUUUAAGCAUUACUAUGCACUUUUUCUUGUUACUCUAAACCUUUUUUAUUUGUUUGUACUGUUUAUAAGCUCUUUGUACUUUCUUUUUAGCUUACUUGUAACCUUUAAGAGGGAGGUCGUUUUAUUGUUACUUAAUAAAAUGUUUUAAAAUUAA